AUGCCGAAAGUAAAUACUAUACUUAAUUAUUUCACAUCUCCGAAAACUGUUAAGAAGUCGGAAACGAUUAAAGAAGAAAAAGAGAAAUCUCAGACUCCUAAGAGGGGCCAAAAGAACAAAGGAUUUGUUAGGAAUGGAAAAGAAAAUCAGAAUACUGAUGACAAGAAAAGAUCAUAUACAAAGGAUAAAGAUGAUGAUAAAGAAGAUGAUCCUGUAAAACCUAAAAGACGGCGUCUUAUUAUUCCUGAUGAUAACUCUGAAGAUUCUGGAGAUGAAUUCAAACCAGAAGAUCUUUCUGAAGAAUCUGAAUCAGUUUCUGAAGGAGAUACAGAACAAGAUUCUUUAACAGAAACGGAAGAGGAAACACCAGAGAAAAAAAGGAAGAUAUCCAAUGUUAAAUUGAAGUCAAAGCAAAUAAGUUCUAAUAAUACAAAGAACAAAAAAGAUUCGAAACACCAGUCUUCGCAACCAGUUCAAAGUCAAAGUGUAAGCAAUAGAGUUACUGCGCACACUUGGCCUCACUUGAAAUUAGAUUUCUUGCAACCAGAGAAAAUAAGGGAUAUACAUAAAAGAACGCUGAAGGAUCCAGAUUAUGAUUCUAAGACGCUCUACGUACCUAAUGAUUUUUUAAUAAAUCAAACUCCUGCAAUGAGACAGUGGUGGGAAUUAAAGAGUAAGCACUUCGACUGUGUAUUUUUCUUUAAAAUCGGUAAAUUCUAUGAGUUGUAUCAUAUGGAUGCAGUUAUUGGUGUCAAUGAGCUCAGUCUCACAUAUAUGCGAGGUGAAUUCGCGCAUUCUGGAUUUCCCGAAAUUGGAUACGGUCGUUAUUCAGCGAGUUUAAUAGAGAGAGGAUACAAAAUCGCACGAAUUGAGCAAACGGAGAAUCCGGAAAUGAUGGCAGUGCGUUGCAGCAAAAUGACUAAACCGACAAAGUUUGACAAAGUGGUGAAACGCGAAAUUUGUCAAGUCAGUACCAGAGGCACAAGAGUAUAUACACCACUAGACGUGGAAGCAUCUACACCAAACUCCAAUUAUCUAUUAUCCCUAGUCGAAAAGUGCGAUCUCAGUUCGAUGAUCAGCUCCUUUGGAGUAUGCUUUAUAGAUACAACAAUAGGUGAAUUUUAUCUUGGCCAAUUCGUCGAUGACCGCUGCAACUCGAGGCUAUUGACUCUAUUGGCUCACCAUCCACCAGUUCAUGUGUUAUAUGAACGCGGUAAUUUAUCGCAAAAGACUCUGCAGCUUAUAAAUAACACUCUACCGGCUGCGCUAAAAGAGCCGCUACAGCGCGAAGCACAAUUCUGGUCUGCUACCACUGUGCUGAAAAAACUUCACGAAGAAAAUUAUUUCAAAAAAGAGAGCGACUCGAGCUUUGCAUGGCCUGAAGGUCUGAAACCAUAUUUAAACGAAGGAGACAGCUUGGGUUUAACGCCGGCAGAUAACAAAGAAUUAGCGCUGCACGCACUUGGAGGAUGCGUGUCUUUGUUAAAAGAGUUCCUACUCGAACAGCAAUUAUUAGCGCAAGGCUACUUCAAUACGUACAUUCCGCCGGAUUUUUCAACUGCAAAUAGUCGUACAGGUCUUAAUAAUGCUAACACUAUGGUAAUAGAUGCUGUUACGAUAAAAAAUCUAAGGCUCUUCGGAGAAGGCUCACUCAUUAAUGUAUUAGAUCGUUGCUGUACUGCAUUCGGCAAAAGAUUGCUGCGUGAAUGGGUUUGUAGACCAUCUUGCCGCAAAACCGUUAUUAUGGAGCGCCAGGAAGCUGUGAAAGAGUUGAUGGAUCGAAUGGACGUAAUGCAGUCAGCUCGCGCAAUUUUAUCAACUCUGCCGGAUCUCGAAAGACUUUUGAGCAAGAUACACGCUCAGGGAAAUGUUGCUAGAAUAAAAAAUCAUCCAGAUGGUAGAGCCAUAAUGUUUGAAGGCCCAACAUAUUCGAAGAGGGUGAUUGUAGAUUUCACUAUGACACUCGCCAAAUUUGAAGAAGUGCUAAAAUUUAUCGAACUGUUUGAUGAUUUCAAAAGUAGGUUGAUAACUCGCCACACUCAGUAUGAACCGAACGGUGAAUUCCCUCAUUUGAGGGAGACAUUGGACUACUUUAAGACUGCAUUCGAUCAUGAAGGAGCUAAGAAGCAAGGCUACAUCGUUCCAAAGAAAGGAGUUGACGCUGAAUACGAUUCAGUUUUGACCGAGCUCGCAGACAUCAAAGAAGAUCUAGACAAAUACUUGGAAAAACAAAAGCAGCAUUUCGGCGUAAAAGUAACAUUCCAUGGAACAGAUAGGAAACGUUAUCAAAUCGAGAUUCCUGAGUCGCAGGUUAAGAAAGUCGGUUCUGGAUACGAAUUACAGUCACAAAGGAAAGGCUUCAAACGUUAUUAUACUGCCGAGGCAAAGGAACUUUUGACAAGACAAAUGUCUGCCGAAGAGCAUAAGGACAAGGUGCUGAAAGAUCUCAACAGGCGAAUAUUCGCGCAGUUUAGUGAGAAAUAUGAUAUGUGGCAUACAGCUGUUUACAAAUUGGCCACCAUGGAUGUGCUCAUCUCCCUUGCGGAUUAUGCAUGGAACGGUGAUAUGUGUGUCCCGGAAAUCCACGAUGGAAUCGAUAGCGAGAUAUUCAUCAAGAUAAAAGAUGGACAACAUCCCUGCAUCAUGUCUGACAAUUUUAUACCGAAUGACACUUUAUUGGCAACCGACGGCGCCGCUUCUUUCAUGAUUUUGACGGGACCGAACAUGGGAGGCAAAUCGACCCUCAUGCGCCAAGUCGGCCUGAUCACGAUCAUGGCGCAGAUAGGCAGCUACGUUCCAGCCAGCUCGUGCUGCAUAACACUGGUGGACCGUAUUUUCACGCGGCUGGGAGCAAACGACGAUAUUUUGGCUGGCCAGAGUACGUUUUUGGUCGAGCUAAGUGAAACCGCUGCAAUACUGCAACAUGCUACGCCCUAUUCGCUGAUACUUCUUGAUGAGCUGGGACGUGGUACAUCAACCUAUGACGGUACAGCAAUAGCGGCUGCAGUCGUUGAUGCGUUGACCAAACUCAAAUGUCGCACGUUAUUCUCGACGCAUUACCAUUCUCUGGUUGAAGAUUAUAAAACUAAUGAAGAAGUCACGUUAGCCCACAUGGCAUGUAUGGUGGAAACCGAAGAGGAAGAGGAAGUAUCGCAAGAGACCGUGACGUUCUUGUACAAGCUCAGCGAAGGGGCAUGUCCAAAGUCCUACGGAUUCAAUGCCGCUCGACUGGCAGGCGUACCGUCUAUAAUCACAAAGAGAGCGCACGAGAUAGCUAGCCAGAUGGAGCAGGAAACUAAUCACAAGCACAUUUUCAACGCUCUUUGCAAAGCCAAUGGUGCUGGAAUGAGAAGUCUCAUUGCUGCCAUUUAAUGUAUCGAAUGUAAUUGUAUUACGUUGAAAAUACUCAGUAGAAUUACCUUUUAAGAAAUUGUUUUGAAAAAAGAAUCAUUACUUUGCAGGGAUUUGUAACUUGUACAGAAUAUUCUUAAGCAAUUAUCGACUUGGGAAUAGCGUGUAAAAAACGGGCAUUAUAUAUACUUACCUUUUUAUUAUACAUUUUCAUACAGAUAUCAAGCUGCGCUCCAAAUAACUUAUUACAUUUUUAAUCUAUAUAACAACAGUAUUUCUUCCACACAAGAAUAAUAUAUAUUGUAGUGUUUUAU